AUGUACGGCGGUGCAACGUGGUCGAUCAAUGAUAGCAACAAUGAUCGCCUAACACUGGGCACUUGUUCAGCAACCAGUUCAGUGAGCAAUUCGGGAUCUGUAACCUGGCUAAACGAAAAAGCACCAGCUAUCACAAAUACCACCACUGGCGAUGAUGGUUCUAGCCGAACUGAUAAGAUUUUACAAAAAGUUUCGAUGGCAAUGCGUCGAAGGCUUACCGUACCAAAAACGCUUGCCAAUGGGCAACAUAAGGUAGGAGCAUUGGGCGAUCAGAAUCACAGCGACUCAAAGAAUAACCGGAAGCUUGCUCACAAUAAUGUCAACAAACAAGCAAAACCGAAAUCUAACAGGAAGAUGAUCGAUAUAACUGACGUGUAUCCUGUUGGCCGCAGACAUCGUCACGAACAUCGCCAGCUUCUCAGCGAAGAAUAUGAUGAUGAAUAA